AUGCAUCCCGACGGAGAUCAGCCUGCCGACUCCAUUGUGACGGCCGCCGGAUCGCCCAACCAGCCAACCGAUCCCUAUCCGCCCAACAUGGACGUCGUUGCUACUACCGACUUAGCCGCCGCUGACGCUGCACACCAAACAGCACCGCCGUCCAGUUUCUUCCGCCGCGUCCAAUGGUCCGCUGACGGUACUACGCUUGUUGCUUCUGCCUCGGACAACCGCAUCUCGGCCUACGUUCCGCCGGAGGACCUCCUUGACCCGGCCGGCAGACCCCGGACCCUGAGACCCCAAGGCCACCUCCAGCUCCCGGAGCCCUCCUACUCUACCGCCAUUGCCCCUUACUUCUCACUGUCCGAGCCGCAGUCCCAGCUCGCCCUUGUUUCCUGCAAAGACCACCCGCUCCAACUCUAUCACGUCUUUCCCGCGUCCGAGUCGUCACCUCCGCUAUGCUCCUACAAGCUAAUUCGACGGGAGACGGAGGAGUACAUCUGCGCCGAGUCCCUCCUGUGGUCUUGGCCCGGAACCCAUUUUAUGACCGGUUCAUCCAACCGACUUGACUAUUUUGACGUAUCACGGACCGGUUCUGAUGGCCCCAUUCUCACCAUCCCCACCAUCCCCUCCAAGCGGCAUCUUCUCAAGGGCGGCGGCGUUGGCAUGAAGGGCAUGGUGUCGUCACUGUCGAGUCAGCACCCUGACGAGUCCGGCGCGACAAUCAUUGCCGCCGGUACCUGGACACGCUGGAUGGGACUGUACGAUGUGACCCGGACAAACAAAGCCAUUGCGAACUGGAGCAUUCAGGGCGUGGCCGAGGAUCAAUUCAAACACAACGUUGGCGGCAAUGGUAUCGUGCAAACCGUCUGGAGUCCCUGCGGCCGUUACUUGGCUAUCAACGAGCGCCAGUCUAGUGGUAUUCUGGUCUACGACAUACGCGGAACCGGACAGCCUCUGAGUCUGCUCCUUGGCCGGACGGCUGCGAGUCAGCAGCAACUGACGUGCGACGUCUUCCCGGGCGGGGAGUCAGCCGGGGGCUUCGAGCUUUGGGCGGGAACACAGACCGGAGAUGUCUUGGUGUACGAAGGUGUUGGCACCCAGGCAGGCGCUCUUGACAAGUCCUGGGAUUGGGCAGCUCAUCAAUCACCCGUGGGAAGCGUAGGAGUUCAUCCUACUGGGUCAGUGGUUGCAACUUGCUCAGGCGCGUGGACGAGCCACGCAGAUGGCGACAUUGACAAUGAGUUGGGGGCUACCGACGACAGCGGCCGUCCACUCUUGGCAUCGACACGCAUCACCGCCGAGUCCAGUGUCAAGGUCUGGACGUUGGCGGCCAACACUACCGACCCCGCUGCGACCGGACAUGGGACAGAAUGA